GUCAACACUGUAGUGUAAAUACACGCAGCUCUUGUCAAGUCUUGUCCACACGCCACAAUUUAUUUAUAUCCUCCUGGCUGGCUCAUCAAAUGUCAAAUUUUACACCCACAAAGUUUUACUGGGGCAAAGGACACUCAAUCAAUAAUUUCGCUUGGUGUGUUUACACAUAAUAGAUUUGACGCUGUUCCGUUCUAAAAUGCACCAUUCAACACCAAAGUCAAGUAACAAUGACGUGCACGAGUUGCGAUUCCGGAUAAGCCAGUUGGAACAUUUAGUGGUGACAAAUUCCUUGAAUCUCACUUCCCAGAAUUCCUCCUCUGUCCCCUCCAACUCCCUUCUCCAUCACACCCAAACGACACAUGGACUCGUCGACAGGGUCAACAAACUGGAAGGGCUCUUGGCUGCCUCUGAAAACGAAAAUGAGCAGCUUAGAAAACAUUUAGAGCUUGCCAACAUGGAGAAAAAUCGUCAGGAGGUGCGACUCUUGGAAAAAGUGUUUCGCCUGGACACAGAAAAGAAGGACCUCAACCAUGGGAAGGAACUACUUGAAGUCAAACUGACCAAAGCACACCGAAAACUGGAAAAUAUUCAAGAUUACAUUAAUGAGCUGCCAUGCCAAGAGGAACUAGAUGAAGCUAGGUUGUCGAGUGCUAAAUUAAGAGAUGAAACCCAAUUGCUUACAGGACAGCUGCAAAGGAUGAAAGAAAAUGUCGAGGUUCUUCAAAAAGAAAAGAUGAUAUUGGAAAAUGCGAUGCGACUGGCUGAAUUAAAACUCGACGAGCUGAAACCUCUUGAGGAUGCACAAAUUGCAUUUUCCAAGGAUGGACAACUGUCGCCGAUUGAUUUGACUGACGUCCAUAAAGUUACUGAAUUUUUGACCUUGCAGAAAGCACAAUUACUGAGAAGUUCAAAAGUUAUUUCGAGUCUGAGGGACAAGCUGUGCCAGUUGGAGUCUGACAGGGCAGAUGGUUUAAUCAAAAUCACAAAUUUGGAAACAGAUUUGUCAUCUUUACAAGAUCAAUUAAUUGUGACUCAGAUAAACUUGGAUUCCCUGACAAACAAAAACAAAACCUUAGAAGAUGAAAUGACGGAACUAUCAUCUGUAAAUCAAGAUUUAAAACGUCAAAUUCAAAAUCGUGAAUGCAGUAUAGAACAGAGAGAUAGUCACAUUCGCAGCCUUAUUCAACUUGUUACAGAGGUAGAUUUAAGUGUCAACGAUGUUGAAAAACUAGUCGAGCUUGGUCGUAGUUUAGCCCUUGGAGAGGAACCCUCCGUGGCCACUUUGCUUGGGCUUGGAGAAGAUUUUGAUUCACAUUUCGGAAGCUUAUUAGGCAAAGAGACGGACGACAACGCGAAAAAAAAUCAUCACAACCUGGCAGUUUCAGAUAGCUGUUCUCAGUAUGACCCUGCUGACCCCGAGUGGACUCUAGAUCGCCUUGUUAAAAUACGAAAUGUUCGAAAGCAUGUGCGAGAAUUACGGGACGUUGCAAGUGAUUUGUAUACAGAUAUGCUGGGAGGAAAAGUUGAAGGUUGUGCCAUACAAUAACAAUACUGAUUAAAAUUUCUUUGUACUAAUAUGGAAUUUUCGUAAUAUAUUUUUUCCCCAAAAAUUAAAAUAAACAUCAAGUAUCAAAUCACCA